CGGCGUGGGUUCGCCUGUGUGACACAAUUACAACAACUUUGAGCUGGUGGUUGGGGGGAAGUUUGUGAUAUUACCAAAUAACGCCCAGUUUUAAAACCCUACAUCAACAGCACUCCAUGCACCACACGGCAUUGGUUGCAUGAAGGAUUUUGUAUAAAAAAUGUGAAAAGAAGACCGCUUGAAGACUUUCUUCUUUUCCUUGCGGAAUUACCUACACUUCUUUUUCAUUUUUUAAUACUGGAAAAAAGUUGCUUUUCCGACAUCUAUUUUCGCUCGGUUUUUUAAUUUGGUGGAGUUUCCCGUUUGCUAACCCGUUGCGUUUCCAUGAAAUCGUGCGGAGUGUCGCUCGCCGCUGCUGCCUGCGUUGCUGCUCGAAGUCUCGGCGCUGCUGGUGAUGAGGAAAAGAAAAUGGCGGCGGGAAAAGCGAGUGAAACCGAAGAGGACUUUCCGAGGCUGACAGCGCAGGAGAGGGAUAGCUUGGUCGAAAUUGACAGCCGACUGUUUGGAUUUCAGAGGCUUCAUGAAGAUGGCGCCAGAACGAAGGCCUUGCUGUUAAAGGCUAUUCGCUGCUACGAUUCUCUAAUCUUGAAAGCUGAAGGGAAAGUUGAGCCAGAGCUGUUUUGCCAGUUAGGUCACUUCAACCUCUUACUGGAGGAUUAUCCAAAAGCAUUAUCCGCAUACCAGAGGUACUACAGUUUACAGUCUGACUACUGGAAGAAUGCUGCCUUUUUAUAUGGCCUCGGUAUGGUUUACUUCCAUUACAAUGCAUUUCAGUGGCCAGUGCAGCCCUCCUCUUCAGAUGCCCACUCUGGACAGAGAAGGGCGAUUAAAGCAUUUCAGGAGGUGCUUUACAUUGAUCCCAGCUUCUCUCGGGCCAAGGAAAUCCACCUGAGACUCGGGCUGAUGUUUAAAGUUAACACAGACUAUGAGUCAAGCCUAAAGCAUUUUCAGCUGGCUUUGAUUGACUCAACCCCCUGCACUUUGUCCAAAGCUGAAAUUCAGUUUCACAUUGCGCAUUUAUAUGAAAUUCAGAAGAAAUACCGUGCUGCGAAAGAAGCGUAUGAAGCUCUCUUACAGACGGAAAAUCUUCCUGCCCAAGUAAAGGCAAUUACCCUGCAACAAUUAGGCUGGAUGCAUCACACGGUGGAUCAGCUGGGAGAUAAAGCCAACAAGGACAGCUAUGCUAUUCAGUGUCUGCAGCAGUCGCUAGAAGCAGACCCCAACUCUGGACAGUCUUGGUACUUUCUUGGCAGGUGCUACUCGAGCAUUGGGAAGGUUCAGGAUGCCUUUAUUUCCUACAGACAGUCUAUCGAUAAAUCGGAGGCCAGUGCGGACACGUGGUGCUCUAUAGGUGUGUUGUAUCAGCAGCAGAACCAGCCAAUGGACGCCUUGCAGGCCUACAUCUGUGCGGUUCAGCUGGACCACGGCCACGCGGCGGCCUGGAUGGACCUGGGCACCCUGUACGAGUCCUGCAACCAGCCACAGGACGCCAUCAAAUGUUACAUUAACGCCACGAGGAGCAAGUCGUGUAGCAACACCUCUGCCCUCCUGGCUCGGAUUAAAUGCUUACAGGCUCAGUUGUGUAACCUUCAACAAAGUAGUCUACCGAGUAAAAGUAGAAUGCUUCCUAGUAUUGAGGAGGCAUGGAGCCUACCAAUCCCAGCAGAGCUUACCUCCAGGCAGGGCGCCCUGAACACAGCACAGCAGGCCUGUAAACCUCAUCAGAGUAAUGAAGGAGGCCUGAGACAGCCGCAGGUGACCCCGCAGUCCUUGCCUCUGCCUGGCGGCCCUGCCAGCCAAGCUGACGACCAGUCCAGCCCGGCCAAGAGGAAGAGGACGUCCAGCCCGGCCAAGAAUUCUCCGGAUUCCUGGGCAAGCAGUCCGGUGCAACAGCAGCAGGUCCCUAGCUGGUAUCUGACCCCGCAGAAGCUGCAGCUCCUGGAGCAGUUACGGACCAACAGGAUGAACCUGAAGCCACUGCAGCUGCAGAUGCUGGAGCAGCUGGAAGGCCAGUUCACUCUCAUGCAGCAGCAUCAGCAGCAGAUGAGGCAAAAUGUGGCAGGGCAGGUGCGACCCACCGUUCCCAAUGGGCCCACAGCCAACUCUUCACUGCCUACAAACUCGCUCACCACCCAGCACCCCAACGCUGCCCUGUCCCGGACGCUCUCCGCCCCACAGCCCACGGUCCGCCCCCCCUGCACCGGCCAGCCAACGGCCAACGGACCUUUCCCGGCAAGCCCUGCCCCCUGCAGCACAGCUGGAAUGCUGGGUAACACAGACACUAUUUCUGUAGGCAAUAAUCACACGACAGGAACGGGAAGCAACGGAAACGUGCCUUACCUGCAGCUAAACGCACUACCUCACAACUGCACAACCCCGACCAGCAGCAGCAGCACAGAGGAACCGUGGAAAAACCAACAUGUUAACUCCACUCAGGGGCUUCAAAAAGGUCCAGGUUCGCAUUCGGCAGGUCCCAAUGGCGAACAGCCUUUCUCUUCCACUGGGGCUUCCCAGCAUUUCCAGGCAGCUGGAACUGGUAUUCAGAAUCAGGUUGGACAUUCCGCCAUGCCCAGCAAUUCAUUACCGCAGGGCGCUGCUCUCAAUCACCUCUCCUCCCCUCCUCACACUGCUACCUCAGGUGGACAACAAGGCAUUACCUUAACCAAAGAGAGCAAGCCUUCAGGAAACGGCACAGCGUCGGGGCCUGACAGCGGCAGGCAUUUUGCGGGGACGCCCAACAGCACUGCCACCGCGGAGGGACUCCCUAAUCACGUCCACCAGGCGGCGGCAGACGCUGCUCCGAGCCCCGGUCACGCGGAAUCCAAGUCACCAGGUGUACUUAGUUCAGACAAUCCUCAGCUCUCUGCCUUGUUGAUCGGAAAAGCCAAUAACAGCGGGGUCCCGGGGACCUGCGAAAAAGUCAACAACGUUCACCCGGCCGUUCAUGGCUCCAGAACCCAAGAGAACUCUGUGGCCUCCUCGCCCUCCUCGGCCAUGUCCACGGCCACGCCCUCUCCCAAGUCAAUGGAGCAGGCUACCGCCAACAGCGCUGCCAGCCUUAACAGCCCCUCUGCUGGAUCAGGACCCACGGUGAAUGGCAAAGGCCCGGAGGACUCGCAGAGCCCCAUGAAAGUGGACCCCCCUGCAAUCAGCCACAGACCCGCCCUGCCGCUCACCCCCUCCUCCACUGUGUCCAUCUACCCCAGCUCCGCGGAAGUGCUGAAAGCGUGCAGGAACCUGGGCAAGAACGGCCUCUCUAAUAGCAGUAUCUUGUUGGACAAGUGUCCCCCUCCUCGGCUGCCUCCCCCACCCUUUCCCUCGCUGCCAAAGGACAAGCUCAACCCCCCCACCCCUAGUAUCUAUCUGGAGAACAAGAGAGACGCUUUCUUUCCUCCUCUGCACCAGUUCUGCACAAACCCGGCGAACCCGGUCACCGUGAUCCGCGGCCUGGCUGGAGCGCUCAAACUCGAUCUGGGCCUGUUCUCCACCAAGACGUUGGUGGAGGCCAACCCCGACCACCUGGUGGAGGUGAGGACGCAGCUGGCCCAGCCCACCGAUGAGAACUGGGACGUGACCGGGACCAGGAAGAUGUGGCGCUGCGAGAGCAGCCGGUCCCACACCACCAUCGCCAAAUACGCACAGUACCAGGCAUCGUCAUUCCAGGAGUCGCUGCGGGAGGAGAAUGAAAAGAAGGGGCAGAAGGAGCACUCUGACACAGAGUCAACGUCCUCAGAAAAUGUGGGCCGACGAAGGAGAGGUCCCUUCAAGCACAUCAAGUUUGGGACAAACAUAGACUUGUCAGACGAGAAGAAGUGGAAGCUGCAGCUGCAUGAGUUGAGUAAGCUGCCGGCGUUUGCGCGAGUCGUGUCUGCAGGGAACCUGCUGAGCCACGUAGGCCACACUAUCCUGGGGAUGAACACUGUUCAGCUCUAUAUGAAGGUCCCUGGGAGCAGGACGCCAGGUCACCAAGAAAACAACAACUUCUGUUCUGUUAACAUCAACAUUGGACCCGGGGACUGUGAAUGGUUCGCUGUGCCAGAGCCCUACUGGGGUGUCAUGAAUGAUUUCUGUGAAAAAAAUAACAUCAAUUUUCUGAUGGGCUCGUGGUGGCCGAACCUGGAGGACCUUUAUGAAGCCAAUGUCCCAGUGUACCGGUUCAUCCAGCGGCCUGGGGACCUGGUGUGGCUAAACACGGGCACGGUGCACUGGGUGCAGGCCAUCGGCUGGUGCAAUAACAUCGCCUGGAACGUCGGCCCGCUAACGGCGUACCAGUAUAAACUUGCAGUGGAGCGCUAUGAGUGGAAUAAACUGCAGAGUGUCAAAUCCAUCGUCCCCAUGGUUCACCUGUCCUGGAACAUGGCCAGGAACAUCAAGGUUUCCGACCACAAGCUCUUCGAAAUGAUCAAGUACUGCUUGCUGAGGACGCUGAAACAGUGCCAGAUGCUAAAGGAGGCUCUUUUGGCCGCGGGGAAAGAGGUGGUGUGGCACGGCAGGACCAAGGACGAGCCUGCCCACUACUGCAGCAUUUGCGAGGUGGAAGUCUUCGACCUGCUCUUCGUCACGAGCGAGAGCAACUCUCGAAAGACCUACGUGGUGCACUGCCAGGACUGUGCCCGAAAGGGCAGUGCUAACCUGGAAAACUUUGUGGUGCUGGAACAGUACAAAAUGGAGGACCUGAUGCAAGUCUAUGACCAGUUCACGUUAGUAAGUUGGACAUAAGCUCCUCCCUUGCCUUCAUCCUCAUCUUGACAUUAACAUUUAUUGUUCUGUGGACAAUAUACAUGGACUAAAAAUGAACCAUUUCUGAUAUUCAGGAAGUGACCCAGUUGUGCACCACUGGUUUCUGUAGCUAUCCCACAAGGCUGCUGGCUGAAAGCUGUGUGUCUAUGCAACCUGCCAAGUGCGGAGAGUCAGCCCUACUGGAUGGGAGCAUGUGCUGCUCCUUCUCCUGGACUCUAUAGCUGGUUCAGCUGUACUUACAUAGAAAAGAAACAAAAAAAAAAAAAGAAAAAAAAAUAUUGGAAAAAUGUUUUGUAUAUAUUCUGUCACAACUGGCAAUGUCACACAAAGACUACUGACUUGACGACUUUCUCUUUUUGUAUUCUGUUUAUGGGCUGAUAUACAUGACCUUUUUCUCAUUGAAGUUUUUUCCCUUAAAUGAGUACUAGCUUAGCUGGUCUUUUGUAUGGUAGAUAGAAAUUUUAAGUCUCUU